CAUCCCCAGAAAGCAACUUUAUCUCAGGAUCAAACCGGGGAGCGAAAAAGACAAAAAUUUUUUCCCCUCCUCGAAGAAGAAGAAGAAAAACCCUAGCUUGUUUUGUUCUAGCCCUAUCAAAUUCACAGAGAGAGAGAGAGAGAGAGAGAGAGAGGAUGCUGUUUCAGGUGGGAGGCCAAGGGACGAGGCCCACCUUCUUCGAGGGCGGCAUGGCGGCAGCCCAGCAGCUCCCCUCCAGCCUCAGGGCCGCCCUCACCUACUCCCUCGGGGUAUUCGCCCUGAGAAGGCCCUUCCUCCACAAGGUGCUAGACUACGACGACGAGUUCUUUGCUUUGCUGAUGCUGGUGCUUGAAACUCAUAGCUUACGCACCACGGAUGCUUCAUUUUCGGAGUCACUAUAUGGUUUGCGUAGGAGAGCGGUGAAGGUCGGAUCAAGUCAAAACUCUGUGAAUCCUGAAUCUAAUGAAGUGUCACUUCAUUCCAGUUUAAGGAGGCGCCAAAAAGUUCUCUCAGUUGCAUUCUUGGUUAUUUUGCCUUACAUGAAGUCAAAGCUGAAUUCAAUCUAUAACAGAGAAAGGGAAGCAAGGCUUCAAGCAAGCCUUUGGGGUGAUGAUGACACAAGGUUAGAUGACACAGACUACUUCCUGGAUCAGGGUGAAAUUUCCGAUGCACGACUUGAACCUUCAAGUCGGGAAGGAUCAAGCAUAGCGCACAUCAAGAAGAAAAUUGUGGCAAUUAUUGGUGCUUGCUACCCUUGGAUUCAUGCAACAAAUGAAGGCUUAUCCUUUGCUUAUCAGCUACUGUAUCUGCUGGAUGCCACUGGUUUUUAUACUCCAGGACUUCAUGUUCUUGGAGUUCAUGUUUGUCGUGCAACAGGACAAGAAUUGAUGGAUACAUCUUCUAGAAUAUCAAGGAUUCGAACUCGCGAACGUGAAAGGUUACGUGGACCGCCAUGGUUAAAGGCAGUUCAGAGAGUACUACUCAGUUGUGUAUAUACUACAUUGGAUUAUGCUCAAACAGGUCUUAUUGCUGCCGUCUUCUUUUUCAAGAUGAUGGAGUGGUGGUACCAAUCUGCUGAAGAACGAAUGUCAGCUCCAACUGUUUACCCACCGCCACUGCCUCCACCUCCUCCAAAGGUCGCUGAAGAUGGAAUACCAUUGCCACCUGAUAAAACACUGUGCCCUCUUUGCUCGCAGAAACGAGCGAAUCCAUCAGUCGUCGCUGUUUCUGGUUUUGUUUUCUGCUAUGCUUGCAUAUUUAAAUAUGUUUCACAGCACAAACGAUGCCCUGUAACACUGACUCCUGCGACCGUUGAGCAGAUCAGGAGACUCUUCCAUGAUUUAUAGCGUCGCAUUUUGUGUUGCCUUGUUGAGGCUGCAAACAAGCAUUGAAAGCUGAAGGAGAAUGUUGAUCCAUAAUGUGUGACGAAAGAAAAUAAAUUAUACUUACAGAGGUGGUAGUACUUGUAACAUUAUGAAAAGGUGAAUAAUAAAAUUUGAAGAUUACUUUUUCUUUUUAUGUAAUGAGUUUACUUACAAUUUAUAUGCAAAUAGUUGGUCCAACUCAA